UCCUCUUCUUCCUCCUCUCUUCUCCUCCUAGUGUAGAGUCAAUGUGGGCUGAUGUGAGGAGUGCUCGCUCUCCAUGGCGUCUCAGCAACAGUCCCGGAUCCAGGCUUACCUGGAGAGGAAUAAGAUCGGACCCCUGUUCGAGGAAAUGAUGACCAAACUGAUAACCGAGACUCCAGACCAUCCGAUUCCAUUUUUAAUCGGACAUUUACAGACCAAACAGGAAAGUCCGGGCCGGCUUCACAGAACCCUGUCUGGAUCUGCAGCUCUGUGGGCUGAAAGCGACUGUUCAGAAAACAAAAGCAAUCGACGGGAUUUUAGGAGUUACGACAGAGCCUGGCAGAUUCACCCCAAAAAGCCCAAGAAGUCCAAGAGUGACCUAGCAGUGUCCAACAUUUCUCCCCCUUCUCCUGAGUCUAAGUCACUGCCUCGUUCUAUAGAGUGUCCCUCGUGGGACUGGAGGACCAAACCCGAGAGCCGAGACUUUGACGAGCUCAACCACAUCCUGCGGGAGAGCAAGAAGCUGGGCAAAGCGCUGGAGAACCUUUCCCGAAGUAUUGCCUUAUCUGAUGAGCUUGAUCAGGACCCGAGGCUUUAUAACUCAGUGUUGCGGCCCCGUGUGGUAGGUGAAUGGCUGGGCAGAGAAGAGGAUGACGCUGAUCCGCUGGCCGCUGAGAUGCUCCAGCCACCCGUCCCCAGGGCCAAGAACGAAGGAUGGAGCAGCCAAGACACCAGUCCUGCAGGGAGUCUAAAGAUGGAGGUGAAGACGAAAGGACAGAAGCAGCAGCAGCAGCACCGGAAGAAGCUCCUGGCGGCCAUGUUGUCUCAGGACUCGUUCGACUCCAUGGCCAGCUCGACUCUGUCGGUCACCGAGGACGAGAUGGAGGACGAGGAUGACGCCAUGGAGCUUCUGGAGGACCUGGAUGACCUGAGGAUGGAGGGGGUCACUGGCUUGGUUUCUUCUGGCAGUAAGUUCAGCCAAGGGCGCAGCUCCUACUGCCCCGAACCGCAGGCCAAAGUCACCCUCAACAUCUGCUCAAGGUGUGCCAGGCUUCAGGGGGACAGUCUCGCACCGGCCGGCGCUGAGGAGGACCCAGCAGCACGUGUCCCUGAGCAGGCCGUCCCUGAAGUCAUGUGUCCAUUGCCUGGAGCGACAGAGCCUCCGACUGCCGCCGAGCUGGAACUCCAGAGCGCCUCUCAAGUGUCUGCUCAGCGCUACCCCGCAUGGGCAUCGGACGCCAAGCCGGUCAGAGGUACGAGCCCACAGGCGCAGAGACGUGCUCUACAGCUCAAGGAGCUUCUCUUUUCGAAAGAGCUGGAGAACAUGGGCAAGCACCUUGCUGAGGUGGAGAAGGACUUGGCCAAGCUGGCUGAACAAGGGAAGCUCAGCAGGAGUCCCAUCAGCCCUCACAGCAGCCUGCGCCUGCCCGUGAACCCCCACAGCGCCAACGCGCUGCCCAUGCCAGGCUUCAGCUCCAAGCCCAACUCGCCAAGCAAGUCUUCCAUGCUGCCGCUCUUUACCAGCCGGACUCAAUCUCCCAGCAACCCCUGCAGCCGAGCCCAGACUCCGAGCAGGCCGCUGACUCCCAACAGCCUCAUGAUGCGCUCAAUACCCACCGCUAGCCACGGAAACCCAGUUCGUAUAUACAGGCGCUCCAGGAGCAGGCCGGUUACCCCGACUGGCCAAAUAACGCAACCUCUUUUGACCCCGCCAGGUCUCAGCAGCACGGACAGCUUCAGCCUGCGCAGCACACUGUCUGAGGACGAGUUUUACCGGCAGCUGCAGGCCGUUAGACAGCCUUGGCUCAUCCCCAGCGACACUGAGAGUGAGUGUUUGGAGCGUCCAGAGCAGGACAAGUGUAACCCUGGUGGAAUGAGAGAUGCCAGUAAGCGCUCAGUGUUUUCAGGCUUAUAACGUGACAACUGCAGACAGAGACCCACUCAUAUUUAUGCAAUCUUAACGGGCAUUUUGAACAUUGAACAUUGUGAAUAAGCCAGAGAGUUAUUUUUUAUAAUUCCUAUUACAAACAGAAUACAGCAUUGUGUACUUUUUUUCCACUGAGAUUAAUACUUAAUAUUUCUUAGAACCUGGCACAUCUGUAUGCUAAAGUACAAAUACUUGAAAUUAGAGAAUGUAGUACUGUAUGAUGAUAAGAAUGCUGUCUGUCUGCUGUGUUUGAUUUGUUCGCCUUUUUUAGCAUGCUUUCCACUUACUGAAUUAUGAAAGAAAAUCUCGAAACAUGGCCUUGCUUUGAAGUUAUGUGUAUGAUUUUACGUGCCAACUGAUAAAACAAAACAAAACAAAAAAAAAGGUAUUUUUGAUAACCAUUUUCAAUAAAGGAAAACGGCAGCCUUGUUUGGCGUUAACUGGUAUACAGUACGUGAAUGUUUAAGCUCGGUAGAGAAGCGCUCUAAAGCCGGGUUUACACUGUAUGAUUAGACAAACAAGAUGACUUAGUAUGGAGGAUGUUGUACUACUGCAUUAAUAAAAAAAAUUCGGCAGUGUUUGAAAUGAAUGAGCAACUACUUUAAAGCUAAUAUGUUCAAGUCAAGUCGGGACUUUCGAUGGUACAGAAUGACAAAACAAUUAUGAGAGUUAAAAACUCCCUUUAUUCAUGCAUAUACAGUAUUUAAAAAAUCCCCUGCUACACUCAUGCACUUAUCCCAGUGUUUAACUAGUGCUUGGAAACCAUCAAGGUACAUAGUUUUCUCAGUAUGCCAGAGCCAUAACCGGAUUGCCUGCUUCACGUCUGAAACGCCGGCCUCCCAGGAACUCCUUUAAUGCCUUAAAUAUGUGGAAAUCACUUGGAGCAAGAUCAGGACUGUAUGGGGAUGUGGCGAUCACUCCUAGCCGAGUUCCUGUUUGGGGAUUGUCAUUCAUGGACGUACGGCUUCUUUAAAAUGUUUGCACCAUUUAAAUCUUCUACUGCAGACAAGAGUCUCACCACUGUACUGUGCCUCAAUUGGUUUUAUGUUAUCAUUCUCCAGAAAUUUCAUCAUAAGUCCCGGUUUGACUUGGACGCCCCUCCUAGACUAAAAGUAAUUUGAUCUUCACUGGAUUAUCCAAAGCUCAUGGCUACAAAUAUGUUAGAAGUAAUUUUAAAAUAUAAGGAAAAAACAUCCUUAUUAAUUAAAUUGCAACAUUGUUCCUGUCCUGGAUCACUUUUCUCCUGAUUGGAAUUAAAUUUGAAAUCGAAUCAUCUCAUCCAGCAUGACAGAAUCAAACAGUGUAAAAGAAGCUUUAUCUUGUAUCACUGCCCUGGGAGACCAACACAGCAAACACUCUUUUCUUCCCACAAUGAAUGACAAAAGUAACAUGUAGAACACGAUGAGAUUUCUGUGUUGUUUUGUACCACUGAUGCACUACACAUA